CGCUGUCGCCCGGAACCGGUUCAGAGAAGGCAGCGGGUCCCGUGACCGCGCAGAGCCCCCCACGGGGGUGGCAAGGUCAGGGGAUGGUGGCGAAGGCGGGGCGCGUGGGAAGAAAGGGGGUUUUGUGAGGCGCCCGGCGAGCUGGCGCCCCCGUCUGCGUCCCGCGCGCCCGGCCCUGCUCGCGCCCGCGCAUUGCGCUGCAGUCUCGGCUGCGGCUGCGGGACGCGCGGUGUGCGGAGGGGACCUCGCAAGUUCUUCCAUCCGUUUGCAGCAUGAUCCCACUGCUUCUGUCCCUCCUGACAGCUCUGGUCCUGACCCAGGUCCCUGCAGCCCUCGCCGAUGACCUGAAAGAAGACAGCUCAGAGGAUCGAGCCUUCCGUGUGCGCAUCGGUGCCACACAGCUGCGGGGCGUGCUGGGCGGUGCCCUGGCCAUCCCAUGCCACGUCCACCACCUGCGGCCGCCGCCCAGUCGCCGGGCCGCGCCGGGUUUUCCCCGGGUCAAGUGGACCUUCCUGUCCGGAGACCGGGAGGUGGAGGUGCUUGUGGCUCGCGGGCUACGGGUCAAGGUAAACGAAGCCUACCGGUUCCGAGUGGCACUGCCUGCCUACCCCGCAUCGCUCACGGAUGUGUCUCUAGUAUUGAGCGAACUGCGGCCCAAUGAUUCCGGGGUCUAUCGCUGCGAGGUCCAGCACGGUAUCGACGACAGCAGUGAUGCUGUGGAGGUCAAGGUCAAAGGGGUCGUCUUCCUCUACAGAGAGGGCUCUGCGCGCUAUGCUUUCUCCUUUGCUGGAGCCCAGGAAGCCUGUACUCGCAUUGGAGCCCGAAUCGCCACCCCUGAACAGCUCUAUGCUGCCUACCUCGGCGGCUAUGAGCAGUGUGAUGCAGGCUGGCUGUCCGACCAAACUGUGAGGUACCCCAUCCAGAACCCACGGGAGGCCUGCUCUGGAGACAUGGACGGCUACCCUGGAGUGCGGAACUACGGAGUGGUGGGGCCUGAUGAUCUCUACGAUGUCUACUGUUACGCUGAAGACCUAAAUGGAGAACUGUUCCUAGGAGCCCCUCCCAGCAAGCUGACGUGGGAGGAGGCUCGGGACUACUGUCUGGAACGUGGUGCACAGAUCGCUAGCACAGGCCAGCUGUACGCAGCCUGGAAUGGUGGCCUGGACAGAUGUAGCCCCGGCUGGCUGGCUGAUGGCAGCGUGCGCUACCCCAUCGUCACGCCCAGCCAACGCUGUGGGGGUGGCCUGCCAGGAGUCAAGACCCUCUUCCUCUUCCCCAACCAGACUGGCUUCCCCAGCAAGCAGAACCGCUUCAAUGUCUACUGCUUCCGAGACUCUGCCCAUUCCUCUGCCUUCUCUGAGGCCUCCAUCCCAGCCUCUGAUGGACUCGAGGCCAUUGUCACAGUGACAGAGAAGCUGGAGGAGCUGCAGUUGCCUCAGGAAGCCAUGGAGAGCGAGUCUCGUGGGGCGAUCUACUCCAUCCCCAUCACAGAAGAUGGGGGAGGAGGAAGCUCCACCCCAGAAGACCCAGCUGAAGCUCCCAAGACUCCUCUAGAAUCGGAAACCCAAUCCAUUGCACCACCUACCGGGUCCUCAGAAGAGGAAGGCAUAGCCCUGGAGGAAGAAGAAAGAUCCAAAGACACAGAGACUCUGGAGGAAGAGAAGAAUCAGGAGGACCUGUGGAUGUGGCCCAGGGAGCUCAGCAGCCCUCUUCCUACUGGCUUGGAAAUAGAGCAUUCACUCUCCCAGGUGUCCCCUCCAGCCCAGGCAGUUCUACAGCUGGGUGCAUCACCUUCUCCCAGGCCUCCAAGGGUCCAUGGACCACCUGCAGAGACUUUGCUCCCCCCAAGGGAGGGAAGCCUCACAUCCACUCCAGAUGGGGCAAGAGAAGUAGAGGGGGAAACUGGGAGCCCUGAACUCUCUGGGGUCCCUCGAGAGAGUGAGGAGGCAGGGAGUUCCAGUUUGGAGGAUGGCCCUUCCCUACUCCCAGCUACAUGGGCCCCUGUGGGUACCAGGGAGCUGGAGACCCCCUCAGAAGAGAAGUCUGGAAGAACUGUUCUGACAGGCACCUCAGUGCAGGCCCAGCCAGUGCUGCCCACCGACAGUGCCAGCCGCGGUGGAGUGGCGGUGGCUCCCUCAUCAGGUGACUGUAUCCCCAGCCCCUGCCACAAUGGUGGGACAUGCUUGGAGGAGAAGGAGGGUUUCCGCUGCCUAUGUUUGCCAGGCUAUGGGGGGGACCUGUGCGAUGUUGGCCUUCACUUCUGCAGCCCUGGCUGGGAGGCCUUCCAGGGUGCCUGCUACAAGCACUUUUCCACACGAAGGAGUUGGGAGGAGGCAGAAAGCCAGUGCAGAGCGCUAGGUGCUCAUCUGACCAGCAUCUGCACUCCUGAGGAGCAAGACUUUGUCAAUGAUCGAUACCGGGAAUACCAGUGGAUUGGACUCAAUGACAGGACCAUCGAGGGUGACUUCUUGUGGUCAGAUGGUGCCCCUCUGCUCUAUGAAAACUGGAACCCUGGGCAGCCUGACAGCUACUUCCUGUCUGGGGAGAACUGUGUGGUCAUGGUGUGGCAUGACCAGGGACAGUGGAGUGAUGUGCCCUGCAACUACCACCUAUCCUACACCUGCAAGAUGGGGCUUGUGUCCUGUGGACCUCCACCGCAGCUGCCCCUGGCUCAAAUAUUUGGUCGCCCUCGGCUGCGCUACGCGGUAGACACUGUGCUUCGAUAUCGGUGCCGAGAGGGGCUGGCCCAACGCAACCUGCCGUUGAUCCGCUGCCAGGAGAAUGGGCUUUGGGAGACCCCUCAGAUUUCCUGUGUGCCUCGAAGACCUGGCCGUGCUCUGCGCUCAAUGGACACCCCAGAAGGACCACGGGGACAGCUCUCUAGGCACAGGAAGGCACUGUUGACGCCUCCCUCCAGUCUCUAGGGAGUAGACCUGGAAGACUACUGCCCCCAGCAGGGCCCUCUCACUUCAACUGCCUGUGCUCUUCCCCAUGACAGGAGGUGACACGACAGGGGUGGGACUGGAAUUCAAAGGACAGAGGGGUUUCUGGGAAACAUUUGGGUGGCUCCGCCCAGCCUAGGCCCGGCCCCCUCAUACAAGGGCCUCAGGUUUUACCGGGUAAGUCCCUAAGUGCCUCAACUGCCCUCUCAUGUCUGCUGCCUCCUUGUCCCUCGAUUUCUUUAGGGGACACUGUGCUACUUGUUCUUGAUUUUCAAAGGGUUUUUAGGAUGAAGUGCCAGCAAAACCAGGUGGAAAUAAAGUUGUUUGAACCCAAA